AUGGACGGGGAUCAACCUUCAGAUAUACAUCCUACCUUUUCCCAUACCACAAGUGUUGUUAUGGAUUCUUCCAUCAAGCCUCAGGAAGAAUUUCAAUCCAUUGUGGAAGAGAAAAAAUCUGCUCCUCCGCUUCCAGAUAGGUCAGCAGAAUUCAAGGAACAAGCUAUAAGAAUGACCAAAAGUUCUGUACCUGCUCCUACUCGUGUGCCCCCUAGUCAACCGUCAAAUUCCAGCGCCUCUUCCAGUGUGAGGAACAUUUCACCAGCACAAGUUGGAGGCUCUCAGGUGAGUCCUUCUGCUCUUGCUAGCAAGGCGUCUAUCCCUGCGCCUACUCGUGUGCCCCCUAGUCAACCGAAAAAUCCAAGCGGCUCUUCUAGUGUGAAAAACAUUUCACCAGCACAAGUUGGAGGCUCGCAAGUGAGUCCUUCUGCUCCUGCUAGCAAGGCGUCUACUCCUGCGCCUGCUCUUGUGACAUCUAGUCAACCGACAAAUCCCAGCGGCUCUUCUAGUGUGAAAAACAUUUCACCAGCACAAGUUGGAGGCUCGCAAGUGAGUCCUUCUGCUCCUGCUAGCAAGGCGUCUACUCCUGCGCCUGCUCUUGUGAAGCCUAGUCAGUCGACAAAUCCCAACGGCUCUUCCAUAGUGAGAAAAAUGGAACCAAUACAAGUUGGAGCUUCACAAGCGAGUCCUUCUGCUCCCGCUGAUGAUGUGUCUACUCCUGCUCCUGCGAGUAGCCCUCCAGUGGGUAACCCUCCAAAGACUCAAAAGCCUGAUGAACCUAGUGGACAGGCAGCUAAUUUACCCAACAGCGAGUCGGUAAAAGCUACAAAUCCCCAAAAAGAAGAAGCCGAUGCUCUUGUUGGUUGGAGAUCUUUGCAUAAGACAAGUGUCGAGCAAAUGCGUACAUUUAUUCAGGAUGCCUCGUCCGUCUUUGAAUGGAACAGCGGUCGUGUUGAGCGCUCUGUCUUGGACAUGUAUCUACCCGGUAAAUUAACUGGUCAAUGGUGGCAGAGCUCACUUAUUUUAGCUGCCAUUUCGAUUUUGAGUUGGUUAGCAUCCAAGUUCUUUUUCUGUCGCUGGCAAAUUCUUGUUAUCAUCAUUUUCGCUAGCACAUUCGUUUACGGUUCCAAUGCUAUUGCCCUUCGUCGUACAGUUCGUGAUGAAGUCAUCCGUGAGAUGAUGAAGAAUCCUUUUAAUGUGGAUUAUGAAACUAUGGAGUGGUUUAACAUUAUUUUCCAGCGCCUUUGGAUGUUGAACGAGCCAAUGAUCUCUCGUAUGAUAGUUACUAAUGUUGAGCAAACUAUCGCCGAGUAUCUUCCAUCCUUCAUUCCAGAAGUUCGUUUUUCUUCUUUUACACUAGGCUCGAAGGCUCCCCGUAUUGACGGAAUUCGAACCCAUCUUGCUACUGAACCUGAUGUGAUUUUAAUGGAUGUUGAUUUUAGCUAUACCCCGAACGAUACUUUGGAUAUCACAGGUGCUUCUUAUUGCCGUGUAAAUUCAGCCGUUUCCCUUCGCGUGAAGGUUGGUAAAGGAAAGUUUAUGGUUAAGCUUCCUGUCUCUACAAAAGAUAUUUUUGUGUCUGGACAACUCCGUAUUCGUUGCAAAUUGUCUGAAGAUUUUCCUUUUAUAAAAACGGCAUCGGUUAGUUUAUUAAGCACUCCAAAGCUUUCUGCUACUGUUCGCCCUUUUGACUUUAGUUUAUUCGAUGUUGAUGUUUUCUACAUCCCAGGUUUUAACCAAUUUUUACAUGAACAAAUGACAACGAUCUUGUCUCCUCUAGCUAUAUGGCCAAAUAUGCUUGAUUUAGACCUUUCUUCUCUUAUGGCAGGUGUUGCUCCAUUUACACCCGCAGGUGUAAUCGCUAUUAAAGUUUCCUCUGCUCGUCGCAACGAUUACUUUAAAUCUCAUACUAAUAAACCUUCUUCGUACGUCUCAUCCUCAACCAAUGGUCGUGAACAUGGUCGUUCGCCUGUUCGGGCAAACACUUUUACACCUAACUUUGACCAUACAAUUUAUGCUAUCGUUUCCUCAUUGAAUGAUCCACUUGAAUUGUCUUUAUUUGAUCCUGAAAGUCCUACUUUACCUUUUGGUACUACUUACAUUAACACGCGUUCUCUUGUUGAGAAUGGGUUCGUUAGUGAUGUUCAGUCAUUGUUGUUUAAUGCCGUAAACCAAGGAUCAAUUGCCUAUGAUGCUACCUUUUCCCCUUCUCUCUUCCCCAAGAAGACAUUGGAUGGCAAUUUAAUCGAGCCACCUGCUACGCCUAAAGGUAUUUUGCAAUUGUCACUUGGCAGCAUCAACAAUCUUACUGACCUUUCUACUUUCGACAAAAAAUCACAAUUGAUGUAUAGCGUUUCUCUUGAUUCAAAAGAAAUUGGAUCGAAAACUAUGAAAUUUGCUGACAGUACUCCUACUCCUGUCAAUCUAUCUGCAAUGGCUUAUAUUGAAAACCGUGAGACUUCCAAGAUACACAUAACUCUUACCAAGAAGAUUAAAAAGGAAGCUGAUCAAGUUAUCGGAAGUAUAGUAAUUCCUCUUAACAAAUUGCUUGCUGCUGAAGGUAAUCAGUCAACUUAUCCCUUCAAAGAAAAACCUUCCUCUAGUGUCAACAUUACAUCUUCAUGGAUUUCCGUAAAUGUUACGGAAGAGAAAAGCGCUGAGUCCUACCUCAAGGAUCUGAUAGGUGUUAUGCGUAUCAGCACUGUAAAGGCAAAUAACUGCUCUUCUAGUGAUUUGGGUCUAAAGAAGAAUGACCCUUAUGUUAGAGUACUUGUUAAUGGCUCUGUUGUUGCAAGAACUGUUCAUGUUUUGAACAAUUCAAAUCCAGUCUGGAAUGAAGUUUUGUAUGCGCCUGUUUUGGCAGAUACCGAAGUAAUUGAACUCGAAGUAAUGGAUUAUGAGGAAUCUGGACAUGAUAAAUCCUUAGGAUAUGCCAAAGUUCCUAUUAAAAGCUUCAAGGAUGCUGCAAAUAAGGUCGGAAAAACUGAAAUGGCUAAUCGACUUUUUGGUACUGAUGAGGUUGAGGCACUGAAGUUGGUUUCCCGUAAGGGAAGCUCAACCCGUGCAACCUUAACGAUCAAUUGUGAUUUCCGCCCUUGUCUAAGGUUUCCAUCGGAUGAUGAACCUUCUAGCAAGGAAGAACAGAACAAGCUUACCACCGCUGAACCUGUGAAUGACAAAGCAGAAAUUUCUAGUAUUAUUAGUGUUAGUGAAGCUACCAAGUAUCCUUCUGGCAUUUCCAUGAUGACAGUUAAGUCAGCUGAACUUCAGACUGAGGGAAUAGAAUUGAGAGUGUUUACUGAUAAUGCCGCCUUCCCGUGCUUGAAAACUGGUGCAGCUGGAAGCAAAACACCUCGUUGGUCUGCCUUUGGUUUAUCUAUGAUUAGGGAACUCGAGUAUUCUGAAACCACAUUUCAGUUAACUGAUGGUUCGUCCAAAAAUCCAAAGAUUAUAGUUGAACAUACCGAAAAAACGUCAAAACUUAUUAGCGAAUCUUUGGGUCAUGUAUAUUCAGUCGAUAUUCAAGGAUCAAAUGGUGAAGUUAGCAGAGUUCGGAUUUCGAUGGACUAUCUUCCUGUACCUAUGCUUUUGAACCCAGUCGAGAGCUUUAUUAACACAGGUUUGUUGCAUUUCAACUUGUAUAGUGGAAAAGAUCUUCCUAUAGGUGAUAUCCGAUCCUCGGAUCCUUUCGUUUCAUUAAAGACGAACGAUAAGGAAGUUUACAAGAGUAAGGUCAUUAAGAAGAACUUGAACCCUGUUUGGAACGAAGAAACCGAUGUCGUUAUUCAAAACCGUGCGUUGGACGUGUUUAAAUUAGUUUGCUUUGAUUGGGAUGUGGGUGAGGCUGCUGAUGUUUUAGGUAGUCACCUUAUAGAUCUUCUUGCAUUGGAGCCGAACGUUCAAUCGCAGCAUGAACUAAACCUCGAUGGAAAACGAGGGCAGAUUAGUGUUGGCAUGAGGUUUGAACCUGCUUGGUAUCGAAGAUCUCCUGAAUUGGAUGUUUCCCUUGCUGACAAUUUCUUUUCUGUUGCUGAUAAAGGUGCCAAAUUUUUGGUAGGGGGUAUCGGAGCUGCUGGUGGUUUUGCCUUAAAUGGUGUUGGUUCUGCUGGUGGCCUUGCACUAAACGGUGUUGGCACUGCUGGUGGCCUUGCACUAAACGGUGUUGGCACUGCUGGUGAUCUCGCCUUAAGCGGUGUUGGUGCUGCCGGUGGUUUGGGUGGUAAAGCCGUAUCUGGAUUUGCCGGGACAGGAAAGAAUUUGUUUAAGGGUGUUACUGGAAAAGGGUCUAAGGCCAGUCGAAGCAAUGAGCAAGGCGAUGCUAUGAGCACGCAAACUGAUUCAACGUUUGGACCAAGAUUGUCAGCCGGCAAGCAAGAGCCUUCAAAAUUCAAACUCUUUGUUACGACUGGUAGUGAUUGUCCUUAUAAGCUUGUUAAGGUUGUAAUUACCGAUAAGCAAGGUCGUUCAUAUAAGACAAGAUCACACAAAGGUCCUUCUCCCGAGUGGAAUGAGCAUAUACCUGUUGGAUAUAAUCCGGGUGAUAAUUUGCAUGUUUCUUUAAUUAUUUCUAACUUAAUUGGGCACAGUAAAUUUGGUGAAGCUACUUUUAGCGAAGCUACCGUGGGUACCUUUAAGGUCCCCUUUGAAGGCACCGCUACUUCAGUGGAGAUGAGAGUUGAACCUGUAUAA